AUGCCCACCUCUUCGAUUUUCCCUGAUUUCGUCCUCGGCCACCCAAGACAUGCAAAGACUAGACAAUCCAACGCCCCCAAAGGCCACAAGCCCAAAGCGCGGCCGCCGACGGGCUUUAGAGACAAAGUUCCCCUGUACGGCAAACUGCCUAAAUACACGGGACCCUACGAGGUCGGCACGAUCGAUCUCGAAGUCCCGGCAAGAGAGCCACGUACAUUUUCCGACAUUACACGCCAGAAGGUUCAUGUCCUCGCACUCGAGACUGUGCUAAUGACCAUCUACUAUCCCGCCCACAUCAAUGUUGCAGUCGAGAUCAAGACCCCGGCCGCGAAGCAAAAGUUCCGGCCAACAUGGCUCAGCAGGCCAAGGGACCUCACCAGCCGAGGAUACGGGAGGUUUGCUACACUUCCAGAGCGGCUGACAAUGCUGUGGUUCUUCUGCACCGUUUGGUUCACAAAGCUGCCCGCAUACAAAAACGCCAGGAUUGCAGAUCACUGGCCGCAGUACGGGCGGGCCUCUGCGCAUCAUCGCAAGACGACACGCAGGAAAGGUGAUCCUCCGCCAGGCGGGCCCGAGAAGCCGAAGUUUCCUCUCAUCAUCUUCUCACAUGGUCUGGGGGGCACACGGACUGCCUAUUCCUCGGUCUGUGGCGAGUUUGCAAGCCAUGGAUUUGUGGUGGUCGCGUUGGAACAUAGAGACGGCAGUGGGCCACGAUCCCUGAUAAACCACCCGAAGGAUGGGCCCGCAAGCCGGCCCAAUCGAGAGAGAAUGGGCAACAUCGAGCACCGACCUGAUGAUCUUGAUCGGCCGUAUGAUAUGGUCGACUUUGUGUUUCCGAAGCAUGACAAAUACGACACCACUCCAGGUCACAAGGUGGACAAGGAACUACGAAGUGCCCAGAUCGACCUUCGCCUCGCGGAGAUCCAUGAGGCGUAUCUGGUCAUGCGAGACAUCUGUGCGGGAAAUGGUGCAAAGGUAGCAGCGAGCAAUCUCCGCCUCAAAGGAGCAAUCGGCGCGUCAAAGGCAGGGCUUGACGGCAUUGACUGGUCCUACUGGACUGAUCGUUUCCACACCACCGGUGUCACAAUGGUCGGACACUCAUUUGGCGCCACUACUGCGGUUGAACUGCUACGGCAGCGGGAUGAAAGUCGCUUUCAAUACGUCACGCAGUGCAUUGUCUACGACAUCUGGGGCAUGCCGGUGCGUCCCAACCCAAGCCAUCACAUUCAGGUACCAUUGCUGGGCAUCAACUCCGAGGCGUUCAUGUACUGGGCGGACAAUUUCAACGUUGCACGGGACAUAGCACAAGAGGCCCUAGACGCUGGUCAGCCCGCCUGGCUCCUCACAGUCAGGGGCACAGUGCAUAUAUCCCAGUCAGACUUCUGCAUCCUGUACCCCCACAUCGCGAGUCUGGUGCUGAAAAUGACCGCGGACCCUGUCCGUGCGAUUGAUUUGAACCUCGAUGCAUCACUGGAUUUCCUGGCGCGGGUUAUCCCUCAGCAUAUACUGAGGCCUGAUCAACCGUUUCUGCGUACCCUUGUUGAAGACAAAAAGCUGUUAGAUCUGCCCAUUCUGCACGAUCUCCCGACCGAGCAUCAGCCAGAUACCAAAUGGAUGGCGAUAAGACUCAAGAUUCCCCAUGAGGGAAUCAAGCGAAUCACGCCGGGAAGCAGGAAACGGUACUGGGGGAAGUUGCACAAGAUGGGAGAGGAGGAGGUCUGGGUUCAUUUGAGUCCGGAGUGUACCCGGGGUGGGAAGUGCAACACAUGUACGCAGCAGACUUGA